AGAAAGAAAGAAAGAAAGAAAGGGAAAAGGGGGAAAAACAGCAAUUGCAGAGCCCUUGUCGUCGUGAUUGGACAGGGGGAAAGGGGUCUCAGUCAGGAGCAUCUCGCAGGACAAAACUGGCUGGUCAUCUACAGCAACGCACCGGAACACGGUACGGGCGCAUAAUCCCGGGAGCUACCCAACUUUAUUUUAUUUCAAGACUUUUACUGAAGAAGAUGAGUUCCUGUACAUAUGAAUGAAAAAGAGCGGACUACGCUUUUCCUUCCAUUUUGGCGAGAUCACCGAAAGUUUUGUCUCAUUUUUGCCUGUACGCAAACUCAAGACUCAUUGUUGGACAACACGCUGCAUGCCUAAUGAGUGGAGUUAAAUAACUUAGGCAGCACUUGGAGGUUUGGAACGUUUUCACUAACUUUUGGACUCAGCGGUUGCGCACUCUCAGAAGUUGCUUUUUUUCCCCUGUUCUUUUUUUUAAUUUUUUUUUAAUUAACUAUAGCGCGACUAUUUAGUCGAAUAUUUUUUUCUCUUACGUGGACUGGACUUUGACGUGUACAUUUGUGAAAAUGACUUCAGCCAGUGUGGUGUUGUUAAUUGCGUGCGCUUUCUCGGUGCGCUGCAGCGCACUGCCAGAGACUCAGAGCUCGCCGGUGGAGUCGUGCGCGUCGUGCGGCUUCAGGGCACCGGAUCAGUCUGAACGCGUGAACGUAGACUUCUUGGAGGCGGUCAAGAGACACAUACUGAACAGGUUGCAGAUGAGGGAGCGACCCAACAUCACCCACCCCAUUCCAAAAGCUGCGAUGGUCACCGCGCUGAGGAGGCUGCAUGCCGGCAAAGUGCGAGAAGACGGUCGUGUGGAGAUCCCAAGUUUUGACGGACAGGCGUCCUUCAACAACGAAGUUCAAACGGAGACCUCGGAGAUUAUCAGCUUCGCAGAAACUGAUGAGUACACAUCCUCAAAGUCCAGUCUUUUCUUCCUCAUCUCCAAUGAAGGCAACCAGAACCUGUAUGUGUCACAGGCAAACUUGUGGCUCUUCUUUCGGGUGUUGCCGACUGGUCCUGAGAAAGGCCUGCGAAGGAAGGUGACAGUCAAGAUCCGCUACCAGGAAACUGGAGCUGUGAGCAGUGUAGAAGAAGUGCCAGAAGGAGUGGGUGGAAGGGUCACAGGGCGCUGGGCCCUGGUGGAGAAGCGUGUUGAGCUGAAACGCAGUGGUUGGCACACUUUCCCACUCUUAGAGGCAGUGCGGGCAGUGUUUGGCAAAGGUAGCCGUCGACAGAACCUUGAGGUCCACUGCGAGGGAUGUGAGAUGGCUGGAGUAGCUCCGGUGCUGGUGGACCCAGGUGACCCGUCCCACCGGCCAUUCCUGGUGGUCCGUGCAAGACAAGUGGACGGAAAACACCGCAUUCGCAAGCGUGGGCUGGAAUGUGACGGCACGAGCGGGGGUCUAUGCUGCCGGCAGCAGUUCUAUAUUGAUUUCCGUCUCAUCGGGUGGAACGACUGGAUCAUUGCACCUGCAGGCUAUUACGGCAACUACUGUGAAGGAAGUUGCCCAGCUUACAUGCCAGGAUCGGCUGCAUCCUUCCACACAGCAGUGGUAAACCAGUACCGCAUGAGAGGAAUUAACCCAGGUUCGGUCAAUUCCUGCUGCAUCCCCACCAAACUGAGUACUAUGUCUAUGCUCUACUUUGAUGAUGAGUACAACAUUGUUAAGAGAGAUGUGCCCAACAUGAUUGUGGAGGAGUGUGGCUGUGCAUGAGUCCAUUUUGGCCCUUAAUUUUCUCUGAAAUGUCAGCAAGGCCUUUUGUACAAACAGGUGACGUUGUACAGUAUACAUAUACAGUACAAGAAAUCUAUUGCUACUGUACGUGCAGGUGAGACACACUGUAGUGUAAUCUAGUAUCAAAAUGUGCGGAGGCUUGGUUGCACCUGUUCUAUAUGAGUGUAUGUAUUUAUCAGACUGAGUGAUAUCCUUGCUGUCUGAGUUUGAAUUAGACGGCAUUGGGAGGAGAAGGGAAUGAAGAUCACCAAAUGGUACUUUUGCGCUACUUUGCCAUUUUAAAUAAAAUAUAUUGGCCGAGCAACACCUAUAAGAAAAUAAGAAUUAUUUAAGGAAAGUGACAUGAUCAGCCAGUGACAUUAUUGGCUUUGUCCCCAGACUUCUCAACCCGUUCCUCAGGCCCCUAAGUACUUUAAGCACAUGUCAGACUUUUUUUUUUUUUUAAAGCACUGACAAUUCAUCAGCUCACACAAUUCAGAACAAAAGCACUUCACUCGAAUGCCGACAGACACAGUCUGACUGUCCUCUGGUGGAAUUAGACCAGCAGCGCUUAAUGCCUCACAGGAUUAUUCCCUCCGCAUUGCAGCGGCAAAAGAAAGUCCUCCACAGAGCUGCUGUCGUUAUUUUCACCCUUAAUUGCAGGCCUCGAACCUCAGCUUCCUGCCUAUCAAGAGCGCUGCAGGCCCUGUAACCAUGUGAUGACCCGGACUAGACAGAUCUGAGAAGUGCACUUCACUUGCGCACCGGGACAGAACUCAUUCCUUCUGCCCAAUAAUGCUUUGUGGAAGUGGACACGCGGAGACAGAGCCAUUCAUUUUGGUGGGUCACCACAGUGCAGUGCAGCACUUGGAGAAACUGAAAUGCACAGCCUGAUUAGCACUUGUAUAAAGAAUUGCCUUCCAAGGGGUACUGAGUGUCCUGUCAUAUCACUAAAUAAGUGCCACAUGAGCUAUGCAAUGUAUAGUAAACUAUACCCAUACUACAACAUGCCCUGUUAGACUGAAUGCUCUUCCUCUGAAAAUUUCUGUGUAUUUUGUGUUUGCUUUCUCACCCUUUUCCUCUUCAGUCCUCGACUCUUAAUACUUGAAAUGUAAUCUUUCGCAUCCUUUCUAAGGCGAAUGAUUGUUGUGAUGUUUGCACUGAAAAGUUGCAGGAUUAGUAAAACAAAAACUGCCAUUGAAAAGUUAUUUUUAUAGUAAGUAAAGAAACUGAAUUUUGUGUCAGAGGUAUUUUACAUAACUAAUGGAACCAAAGAGGCCAUGAUAUUAGCCAUUGUACCAAGAGGGCAUGGUCAUUGAGUGUAUGAUACUGUUUUGAUCAUCUGCAAAAGGCCUACUUGUAUCAGGGUACAAUAAAUGAUUCUCUUAGUCAAUAGGCAACAUUUUUCAUCUUUAGUUCUAUUUUUUUUGUUUCAGUUUUCUAUUUAAUAAAACACUAUUUUAGUUUCUGUGUAAGAAUUAUUUAGCCAAAUAAAUGAUGUCUGUACAGUUUAUGUAAAAUAAAAUGUUUUCUUAAACUAUUUUGUAACUGUAAAACUCA